AUGAGAAGGUGUUUCAUGUUUUUAUUGGUCGCUCUGAUUGUUGAGAGCAAAAAACAUUUACCAUCCUUCGUGGAACCAUGUAAUCGAAAUGAUCCCAAAUUAGGCGAGUGUCUGGCUAGAAACAUAAAGAACCUCCAACCUAGGCUAGCCAAAGGUAUUCCCGAGCUCUAUAUACCCGAAUUUGAUCCACUACUAAUUGAAAAAGCAGAGCUUGAGCCUGAUAGUCAUAUCAAAGUUAGUAUGCGCAAUAUUAAAUUGUACCAUGUCGACAAUUUUACUUUGGUCGACCUUAAAUACGAUAUGAAGAAAAUGCAUUUGGAUUUAAAUCUUGAAUGGGAUUCGCUCGGAAUAGAUACCGAUAUGACAAUGAAGGGAAAAAUACUAAUAUUACAAUUUGAUUCGGAUGGCCAUGGCGUAGGCAAUAUAACAAAUAUCAAGGCAUCAGGUUCAUUAGAUCUUGACCGAGUACACCGAAAAGGAGUAGAAUAUUUGACAAUUAAAAAAAUCGACCUUAAGAUUAUAAUCGGUAAAUACGUAGCAGUGUUCGAUGGACUUUUCGGUGACAACAUAGAGCUGAGGGAAAGAAGUAACCAGAUUCUUAAUGACAACUAUAAAUUGCUCAUAGAAGAAUUUACACCUGUUAUUGAAGAGAUAGUUAAAACCGUUGUUUACGAGAGGCAUGAAAAUUUAUUUAAGAGAAUACCGCUUGAUGUAUUGUUACCAGAUAAAUAA